AAUGGAAACUCUAAGUCCUAGUUUAGUUCAAUUGUGAAGUGAGGGAAACUUUCAUCGUUGGCAAUGUGCCCAUGAGCAGUGUCUGUUAAUUAAUGUAUUUGCCUUACAUUUUCUACAGAUGCUCAGUUUGGUAUCGGCAAACAAAUUAGAUGCAGAGGUAGUAAAGAAGAAAUUUUCGGAUGUAAGUUUCUAAUCAAUUUUAUUUCCAUUGACUUAGCUAUAUCUUUUAUUCUCUACUAUAUUUUCAAGUAUUUUUGCUAAUUUUGUGGAGAUGAAAUCAACUCACAUUGAAUUUUAGCCGGUAGAUGAUCUUUUCAAAAGAAUGUCAAAAAAUAGUCGAAUUUGGGUUUUGGGUUUUCUCAAUGAAUUCUAACCAGCUACUUGAUCACAACAUUUCUAGAAUGGAUCGCAAUUUUUCGCACCCAUGCAUAGGUCCAAGUAAUUUUGAAAAACAAUUUACAAUUUACAACAAUUUACAAUUUUGAAAACUCGUUCUACUCCACAACAUGACGUCAUAACGUUGAAUAUGAUUUUGCAUAUCAACAUCAUGACUUCAUUCCGUUGAAUAUUAUGCCAGAUCUCCAUAUUUGGUUAGAUAUAUUGAGUUGAUAUGACGAUUUUACAGUUGUCUGUUAGCCACUCAGAAACCAAGAAUGUUUUAAAUAAAUAAUAAUUAGCCUACAGUAUAUCUUACUGAAAGUGUAGUUUGGUGUUUAUUUAUGAGUUGCUUAUCGCUCCAUAUAUUUACUUUUUGUUAUCAGAAAGAGCAAUCUAAAACUGAACAGAUAUGUGAAAUGGCGGGUGUGAUGUCGAAAGCCAUACAGAUUGAUGAUGUAAUAAUCCAAGAGGAAGAAGAGAGACUAGCAGCUCUAGAGUUUGAAAAUCAAGGAUUACGAGAAUUACUUCAGAUCAGUGGGGUAUCCAGAUCUGACUUUGAAGAGUAUCAGAAAGAACGUGAACGACAGCGAGGCUCAACUACACCCACAAUGUCAGAUUGAAACAAGGACUUUGCCAACAUAAUAUUAUUAUCCCUCAAAACUCGAAAUACUCAUACACUAUCCGUUUGGGAUUAAAUAAGGUACAUAUACACCAGAGGUGGAAAUAGUAUCGGAAUCUGGGAACCUAGUUCCCAGAAAUUGUUUUGAGUUGAGAGUUUCACAGAAAAUUUUCCAGAGACUAUUUCAACAUUUUGAGAUUACUCUGUUUACUCAACUUACAACUAUUCUACUUUAUUUACACUGUACAGUACACACUAACAUCAGCAGCCUUUUAAAUAUUUGACAGAAAUUAAUUCUGUUACCCACCCCUGCCAUCACAAUCAUGGUAAAUAUAUGCUCUGCAAGUCUCCAAUAAAAUGCAAAUUAAAUAGCAAACUUGUAAAUAAAAUAUGCAAUGAAAUAAGCUUCAAGUGCCAGUGCGAUAUGCUAUUAUUAUACUGCUAUAUACUAGUAUAAUCAUAACUUAACAAAAAAAUGCAAAUCAGACAAAAAGUCAAGUGAUGGAAUAAAUAAGAUUAUAUAGGACACUUAGAAAGCGUUAGAUCCUUACUAGUUGAUCAUAACUCAUAAACGUGGUAUACAGUAUAACAGACAACCAUUGUGAUGCACGAGCAUACGAAAACCAGCCUAAGAAAUUUUUAGCCUUUGACCCAUGUUCCCAGAAAGAAUUUUUUUCCACCCCAGCUGUACACUUAAAGUGCACUGGAACUACUGGAGAUGGAUGAAAUAUUUAUACUCAUUAUUGUCUUAAGGCCCAGUUUAUAACAUCGAACUAUAAUUCAUAUACGGAAUCUAAUGCAAGUGAGCUCAAACACUGAACUUAUACAAUUAGAUACGCCAAACGAUAAGCUUUACUAUAAUGACAUGGUGAGCCCAUGGAUAAUAAAAUAAAUGGAUAGGAAACUAGCUGACGUGACCUAAUAUUUUCAUUGGGCUGAUGGCGUAGUUGGAUGUUGAAACCUAGUUCCAAACCAAAUUCAAAAAUGGCAUGUUUAGCAAUAAUACAGCUAAAUAUUUUAGUCAAAGAGCAAAUAAAUAUAACUACGCCAUUUUACGAUGAAAUCUCUAAGUAUUCCCAGUCAAUUUUAGCAAAUAUUUCGGGCACUAAACAGUGAAAAAUGCAUCCCAAAUUUCGUUAAAAUUGGCGACGCCAAUUUCGUAGCUACAAAUGUAAAAAAAUACAAAACAAAGACGAAAAACAUUUACCUUGAAUACUUUGUCGUGGCUUAGGCAUGUUUUUAAAACAAUUAGACCAGUUUAUGCUUCAAUAUUACUCUUUUAAAGCGGAAAUAUAGCGAAACAAUUACAAAAAUGCCGAGAACUUUGAUAUAUUUGCAAUACGCGUGACGUCACAGAUAUCAAUUAGGUUUAGACUGUGACGUCAGGAAGUUUCCUAUCCAGUUAUUUUACAAUCCAUGGUGAGCCUAAUAAAUUUGAGCCAUCUAAUAAAUGUAGCCGUAUAGAAGAAUCACGUGAGUUGGGCUCUUUUCGAUAAAAAAAUAUGAAGACAUGUCAUGUAAAUUGCAAUGUAUAAAUCACUGUAAUAAAUUGUAUAAUAUUAAUUAAACAGAACAUAGUCCAUAUGGUCCUAUCAGAAAUUCGUGCUAUGCCCGUAAUUAAGGUUACAGAAUACCUUUGAGUGUUAAUUUUUCCUAAACUUUUUUUAUUGGUUUCCAUGAAAGCAUUAGACUAGUUCUACUAUCUGACGAAGUUUCAACGAAAAAUGUUGAAAACUCGCAGAGUAACUUAAAACCAGCAGGGCACAACUCAAAAGCGUAACAGUACCG